GACCUAAGCUUGGCUCCUGGGCCCUGGGACCAUCUGUGCGAGGCUGGAUAGGGAGUGUGCGGCUUGUAUAUACAGACCCCUUGGCUUGGCUCCUGGAACUGUCGAAGUCAAGUCGAUAAAGUCGAUUGUUCUAGUUUUCUCAGAGAUCGACUUCAGUCAUCUGUUGUCGCCAUGGCGCAAGCCGUUGCCAUGAGCUCCGCGCGCGUUGCGACCGUUCCCCGCACGAAUCUCGGCCCCGCAGCCGGUCAUGAUGCCACAUCAGCUGCCAGUCCACGUGUCGCUCUCUCUCAAGCCCACCUUUCAAGUCGUCUGCUUAGCGGCAGCCGAAUCCCCGAUCGUGCGAUUCUGCGAUCGCAAAUUCCUCGCCGGCAGUCGCACGCGAGCCAAUUCAAUCGCGCACGGUCGCUCGUCGUCGCAGCCGCUCGUGCGUCCGUCGCAGUAGAGGAGGCCGACGUCGUUAUCGUCGGCGCCGGCGUGUCGGGGCUGUGCACGGGGCUCGCGCUAACCACGGAUCACGCGGACACUGUAUCGAAGGUGAUUGUAACGGAGGCGCGGGAGCGCGUGGGCGGCAACAUCACGACGGUGGUUGGCGAGGCGGGCACGGCGAACGAGGGGUACCUGUGGGAGGAAGGGCCCAACAGCUUCCAGCCCAACGACGCCAUGCUCAAAUGCGCGCUGGACAGCGGGGUGAUCGACCAGCUUGUGCUGGGGGACCCCGACGCCCCCCGCUUUGUCUUCUGGGAGGGGCGCCUGCGACCCGUGCCGGCCGGGCUGCUGGACCUGCCCGUCUUCGACCUCAUGUCCAUCUUCGGGAAGAUCCGCGCAGGGCUUGGCGCUUUUGGGCUCCGUCCUGCCCCUCCCGAGGGCAAGGAGGAGAGCGUGGAGGAGUUUGUGCGUCGCAAUCUGGGAGCCGAGGUGUUUGAGCGCCUCAUCGAGCCCUUCUGCUCGGGUGUGUACGCGGGCGAUCCCUCCAAGCUCAGCAUGAAGGCGGCGUUUGGCAAGGUGUGGCGCCUGGAGCAGCUGGGAGGGUCGGUCUUUGGCGGGUCGCUGAAGCUCAUCAAGGAGAGGCAGGCCAACCCGCCGCCGCCUCGGGACCCGCGCCUGCCGAAGCCCAAGGGGCAAACAGUGGGGUCGUUCCAGAAGGGACUCAUCACCCUUCCCAACGGCAUUGCCAACAAGCUCGGCGACCGGGUGAGGCUCGGGUGGAAGCUGUCAGCCAUUGAGAAGCAGCCAGGUGGCAGCGGCUUCCUCCUUUCCUACGACACUCCCGAGGGUGCCAAGAAGCUGGCUGCUCGCUCUCUGCUGCUCACCGUGCCUUCAUACAUCGCCGCUGACCUGCUCAAGCCAUACUCGCCCGCAGCGUCAGCAGCGCUCUCGUCGUUCUACUACCCGCCGGUGGCAGCUGUCACCAUCUCGUACCCCAAGGAGGCCAUCCGAGAGGACAGACUCGUUGGUGGGGAGCUCAAGGGCUUUGGGCAGCUGCACCCCAGGAGCCAAGGCAUUGUCACUCUGGGCACCAUCUACAGCUCUGUGCUCUUCCCCAACCGUGCUCCUGACGGCCGGGUGCUGCUGCUGUGCUACAUUGGGGGGGCGUGCAACACCAAGAUUGCCACCAUGAGCGAGGAGGACAUAGUGAAGCAGGUGGACAUUGACGUGCGCAAGAUGCUCAUCAAGCCCGAUGGAGCAGCCCCAACGACCCAUGGGGUGAGGGUGUGGCCGCGUGCCAUCCCCCAGUUCAACGUCGGCCACCUCGACAACCUGGCCAAGGCACGGGAGGAGAUCAAGGCGGCAGGGCUUGAGGGCGUGUUCCUUGGAGGGAAUUACGUGGCAGGAGUGGCACUGGGUCGGUGUGUGGAGGGUGGGUAUGAGAAUGCGGCGGAGGUGGUUCAGUAUUUGAAGGAGAAUGUUGCCGUUAGCAAAUGAAUGUGGUAGUAUGAGUGGAUGGUUGGGUUAGGGGCUGUAAAUGUUUUCCAUCCUCUCAACCUUUUUGUACGGAAGGGUGGUAUUGUUAGGAGUCACAAUUGAGGGCUCUGAAAGUCGUAACUAGUUCUGUAGUUAGACUGCUCGUUGGAAACGAGGCAGCACAUUUUAUCUAUACCCUCUGAAGUUCAAGUUAGAUAGCCAAAUAU